AUGUCAGGUAAGUCAGUAUCUCCAUCUGGGUCAACUUCAGACCAAGCAGAUGAAACAAACAAGAUCGUUGUGUUUCAUACUAAUGAUCAAAAAACAACUAGUGUUGAAGAACCAGGUCAAAAAUCAAAGAGAGAUGAAGUUUUCGUUGAAAGUAAUGCCGGUGAUGGUACUAGAAGAGAAGAACAAUAUAUGACUGGUUAUAAACUUGUGAUUUGUAUUGUUUCAUUAUUGUUAUCUAUGUUCUUAACUUCGAUCGAUCAAACUAUUGUCGUGACUAUCAUUUCUGAAAUCGGGAAUAAAUUUGAUGCCUUUGAUAAGAUUAAUUGGUUAAGUUCUGGAUUCUUAUUAGCAAUUUGUGUGGUUACUACUAUCUGGGGUAGGAUUUCAAUCAUUGUCGGUAGGAAAUUAACAUUAAGUAUUGCUAUUAUUAUUUUUGAAGUCGGUUCAUUGAUUUGUGCAUUAUCCACAAAUAUGAAUAUGUUAAUUGGUGGUAGAGUAUUAGCCGGUAUUGGCGGAGGUGGUAUCCAAUCAUUAGUAUAUGCUAUUAUCUCUGAAAUCCUUCCUGUUCAACGUAGAACAUUUGGAAUGAUAUUGAUUGCACUUACCUUUUCAACGGCAUCAGUUAUUGGACCAUUGAUUGGUGGUGCACUUUCUAAGGUUAGUUGGAGAUGGUGUUUUUAUAUCAACUUACCAGUUGGAGGAGUAGCAUUUGCUUUCUUACAAUAUGCAUUCAAUCCACCAAGUCCAAAGGGGAAGAUCUUACCAAAAUUCAAAACUGUUGAUUUCAUAGGUGUUGCGAUGUUGGCCAUUGGACUUGUGUUAUUCUUACUUGCCUUCAGUUUUGGAUCAUCAAGUCAAUUCAAGUGGGGUUCAGCUGCUGUUAUUUGUACACUUAUAUUUGGAGUUUUAUUCUUAGCUAUAUUCCUCAUUUGGAAUCUUAGAUUUUCAAAGUAUCCAUUGUUAGCUCCUGAUAUCAUCACCGACUUUUAUUGUAUCAUUUCUGUAUUGACCAUCACUGCCACUUUCGGUUAUGUCAUUAUCAAUCAGUUAUAUAUAUCAGUUUACUUCCAAGUGAUUCAUGGUUAUGAUGCUUGGCAUUCAGGUGUACAUCUUUUACCAAUGAUUAUUGCGUCAGUUAUAACUUCAAUACUUUGUGGAGGAGCAUUUCCAAGAGCAAGUUCAGUUAAACCAUUUUCAAUUUUCGCUGGGGUAUGUGGGUUAGUAGGUAAUUCUAUUUUAAUGCUUCUUGGUGUAAAUUCAACAUUAGGUCAAAUUAUUGGAUUUUUGAUUUUACCUGGUAUUUCAACUGGUAUGCAAAUGCAAUCAUGUAUUAUGUUAUUCACGUUAAGUUUACCAAAGACUCCCGGUAGCACAAUUAUGGGAACUACUUUUUUCACUUUUGGAACUUCUAUUGGCGGAUCUCUUGGUGCAGAUUUGGCUACGUUAACAUAUACAGAAUCAUUGAAAUCUAUCUUAACUUCUGCCAUGAAAUCAGAAACUAAUCAAGCCGUUUUGCAAGAAUUAAGUAAUGUGAAUAUCAACACGAUAUUAGUUAAUACCUCACUUAUCAAAGAAUUAACUCCUGAAACCCAAUAUUUCAUAAAGACUCAAGUUAUGAAGGCUAUUAGAAAUGUAUAUCAUUUAAGUGCUGGAUUAGCUGCAAUUGCAUUAAUUGCUUCAUUAUUUCAAAAUAAUAAAGCUAUUCCAAAGGAGAGUAAGAGUUCUGAAGAAAUUGAAAUUAAAAGUGAACAACAAAAGAAGGCUCAAAGAGAAGGAGGAAUAGUUCAAGAUAAAACUGACGAAAACGAGAAGGAGAAAUCUGUAGAUGAAAAUUAG